UCCUCUACUCGCGAAGAAACCAUCGACCAUCGAGGACGUUAUUGAGAGCUGCAUCGGCUCUACAGGCUUCUGCCAGCUUCUGCAGGCAAUCCUUGUGGUGAUGGCAUGGAUUUUCGACGCACAACAAACCUUCAUCAAUGUAGUCACUGACAUGGGUCCGUCAUGGCACUGCACCCACAAGAACGAUUCAUCGUGCUCGUCUGCUGCUGGCCCGUGCGGCUUGCCCGAAGGCUCAUGGUCGUGGGACCAACCUAAGCACGCAUCCGUCAUCUCCGAAUGGAGCCUUCAGUGCUCUCCACCAUCGCUCAUUGGUUUGCCUGCAUCUUCAUACUUUAUCGGAUGUCUUGUCGGCGAUCUUUUGCUUGCAACGCUGGCUGAUUCUCGACUAGGCCGAAAGAAAAUGCUCGUUUUUUCCUGCCUCACGAUGUCUCUAGCAGCCGGCUUGUCUGCGGCAUCGCCUAAUGUGUGGGUCUAUUCGGCCCUCCGGUUCAUCUGUGGGCUUGGACGGGCGACCGUCGGUACCAGCGCUCUCGUGCUGUCGACCGAGAUGGUUGGAAAAGUAUGGCGUGAUCGGAUUAGUAUUAUUGGAUUCAUUGCCUUUGGUGCCGGAUUCUUGUCUCUCCCUGCCAUUGCUUAUUUCAACAGGGACUCAUCUUGGAGAAACAUAUAUCUGUGGACUUUUGUUCCUUCUUUAUGCUACACCAUUCUGAUUUAUUUUGUGAUAGAUGAAUCCCCGAGAUGGCUUUUCAUUCGUGGACGAAAGGACGAAGCUAUCGACAUCCUUAAACGUAUCGCUAAAUCUAAUGGAUGUACCAUCGACACUAGCUUCUCAAAUCUAUCGAUCACUGAAGAAAAAUGGAAUGUUGAUGUGUUUUCGGCGUUGAAGAUACUAUUGGAAAAGAAAUGGGCACUCAAGCGGCUAACCGCGGUCAUGAUAGUAGCCUUCGGAGUUGGUAUAAUGUACUACGGUAUGCCACUGAAUGUAGGCAAUCUAAGCUCCAAUCUGUAUCUAAGCACCACACUAAACGCCUUUGCUGAACUUCCUUCCUCUUUACUCGCCUUCUUCCUCAUCAACCGAAUCAGUCGAAGAUAUUCUAUACUAGUCUUAACAGUGAUAAGUGGCGUGACCAGUGUUGCGUGUGUGUUCUUGACCUCCGGAGGAUGGCAGAUGGGGAUUGAGGUAGUCUCCUUCUUUAGCACGGUUGGUGCGCUCAAUGUGCUGAUAAUUUAUAGUGUGGAGUUGUUUCCGACUUGUGUGAGGAACUCUGGGAUCUCGAUGGUUAGGCAGGCGCUUGUAUUUGGUGGAGUUUUUGCGCCAUUGCUAGUGGCGGAAGGGAGGAAGAGAAAAUUCUUGUCGUUUGGAGUGUUUGGCUUGGUGAUCGGAUGUUGUGGGAUGUUUGCGGCCUAUUUGCCGGAGACUAGGGGGAGUGAAAUAAGUGAUACAAUUGAGGAAGAAGAGCGUAAGAUGGUUGAUUAUUCGAAUUUGAAUCCAUAGCAGCAAAAAUAUUGAAUUUUGUCGGAUGCAAAAUUUUUUUUCACUCUAUGCUUAUUUUUGUCUUUACAAAUAGUUUGUGAGCCGAAGAG